UAAUGAAGAAAUUAUGACUUUUAUUUUGAAGGAUAGCCCAUUGACCGCCAUCGUAGUUGGCUCAUUUCACCCGGUUUGGUUUCACCUGCACGCAUAGCUCAAGUCGCGAUUCGCGAGCAGGACAAUUUACAUUCACCGCGCGGGAGAGCAUUCGUAAAUGUUGGCUUAAGACAUUUGUGGGGCAACCAACACGAUUUCACGUCUUAUCGGGCACAAACAGCAAAUCAGCGAACUUGAGAGUUGACGGAGCAACUAACUUGCCGGAGGAAGGCAAUUGAAAACUGGAUGGGAUUGUCUGUGCUCUGCUUGCAACAUGGACCUCGGACUUCCAUUUAGUUCUGGCUGUGCUGAAACACACCAGUUUGGCCUGAGAGUGAUUGUGAAAGAAGAAGAUAUAAAAGAGGAGGAAUAUGAUCACGUCAUUACAUGUCCAGAUGAAGAAGAAAAGCCCUGCGCAGAGUUUCACUUUAAUAUUGAAACAGACGUCACAGAGUCACCAAGGUCAACUUGCAGUGAACUGCUACAGACAACAGUGAAGACUGAAGUGAAGAAAGAGGAAGAUGAAGAAGAGGAGGAGGAGGAGGAGGAGGAAGAGCAGAAUGAACAUGUGCUAGAAAGUGUAUCUGAACACCCACACUUGAGGCAACAGAAGACCCGUGGCCAGGAUAAGGAAGGACGUCCGUACCACAGCACUGUCUGCAGGACGAGUUUCACUUGUCUUUCUCAACCUGAGAACCGCCAGCAAACUCACUCUCCCGGUGUUUAUAAAUGGCAGAGAAUUGGCAAAAGGCGACAUAAAUGUCUCUAUUGUGGAAAGGAGUUGUCUGGAGGUAUUUCACAUCUUAAACGCCAUAUGCUCAUACACACUGGAGAGAAGCCUCAUAAAUGUGCCCAGUGCGGAAAAACCUUUUCACGUAUUUCAACUCUUAGGCGCCAUAUGUUAAUACACACUGGAGAGAAGCCUCAUGAAUGUGCCCAGUGUGGAAAAGCUUUUACACACAUCAUUGGCCUUAAAAACCACAUGCUAAUACACACUGGAGAGAAGCCUCAUAAAUGUACCCAGUGUGGAAAAGCUUUUACACAAGUUCCACAUCUGAAAAACCAUAUGUUAAAACACACUGGAGAGAAGCCUUAUGAAUGUGCCCAGUGUGGAAAAGCUUUUUCACAAAUUUCAACUCUUAGGCGCCAUAUGUUAACACACACUGGAUUGAAGCCUCAUGGAUGUGCCCAGUGUGGAAAAGCUUUUCCACACAUCAUUAGCCUUAAAAAACACAUGCUAAUACACACUGGAGAGAAGCCUCAUAAAUGUGCCCAGUGUGGAAAAGCUUUUACACAACUUCCACAUCUGAAAACCCAUAUGUUAAUACACACUGGAGAGAAGCCUCAUGAAUGUGCCCAGUGUGGAAAAGCUUUUACACGAAUUUCACAUAUGAAAGCCCAUAUGUUAACACACACUGGAGAGAAGCCUCAUGAAUGUGCCCAGUGUGGAAAAGCUUUUACACGCAUCAUUGGCCUUAAAAACCACAUGCUAAUACACACUGGAGAGAAGCCUCAUAAAUGUACCCAGUGUGGAAAAGCUUUUACACAAGUUCCACAUCUGAAAACCCAUAUGUUAAUACACACUGGAGAGAAGCCUUAUGAAUGUGCCCAGUGUGGAAAAGUUUUUACAUGCAUCAUUAACCUUAAAAACCACAUGCUCACAGUCUGUGGAGAGAACACUCAUAAAUGUACCCAGUGUGGAAAAGCUUUUACACAACUUUCACAUAUGAGAGCCCAUAUGUUAAUACACACUGGAGUGAAGCCUCAUGAAUGUGCCCAGUGUGGAAAAGCUUUUACACGCAUCAUUGGCCUUAAAAAACACAUGCGAAUACACACUGGCGAGAAGCCUCAUAAAUGUACCCAGUGUGGAAAAGCUUUUACACAACUUUCACAUAUGAGAGCCCAUAUGUUAAUACAUACUGGAGAGAAGCCUAAAGAAUGUACCCAGUGUGGAAAAGCUUUUACACGCAUCCUUGGCCUUAAACAACACAUGCGAAUACACACUGGAGAGAAGCCUCAUAAAUGUACCCAGUGUGGAAAAGCUUUUACACAACUUUCAAAUAUGAAAAAACACAUGCGAAUACACACUGGAGAGAAGCCCCAUAAAUGUGCCGAGUGUGGAAAAGCGUAUUCACAAAUUUCACAGUUGGAGACUCACAUGAUGACGCACACAGGGGAGAAGCCUCAUAUAUGUGCUCAGUGUGGGAGCGCUUUUCUAAGAGCGGCAGGCCUAACACGCCACACGCGUCUUUGUUUGAAACAUCGUUCAGAAUUUACUUAA